UAAUAAAUUAAUAUUAAAAAAAUAACUAAUCUAAUAAAAUUAAUGGGAAAAUUAAUUCUUGCAUUACCACUUGCUGUCUUGCUUAUUUUAGCUGGAACUAUCAUUUUGUAGAAUAAAUCAAAUCUAUCAACUGAUUACUACACUUUUAAAUACUCAACAUGGGAAGAUUGUGUUUAGAAGCUACCAGAUUAUCCUCAAAAAUGCACAGAUGUCAAAGGUUUCUAAUCAGCUUAAUCUGCAGUCAAUAAUUUAGUUAGCCCUUAAUCUUCAAAUGCUCUUCCUGGCUGUAUUAAAUUCGCCUAAUUUUAAAAAACAGCAGGACCUGAUUCCAUUUUGAAUUAUGGUGACUACUAUUUAGAUUGCUUUUAUGAGGAUAUCGUUGUAGAAGCAGCUUAAACUAAUGAUUGCUAUUACUAAUAGUAUUUUUAUCCUAGAUAUUUUAAAUGCACUAAAUGGUUUUGA